UGCUACCAACAAAAGUCCGCAGACGUUUGUGCAAUCAGCUACGACAGUAGUAGUAGUGCCCAGAGAAAACGAUUUGAGAAGCAACGUGGUCCUUGAAGUGAUCCGAUAAGUCCUGUAGUGUAACAACAAUCAAAAGCACGAGAAAAGUGCCCCAGAGUGUUAACCCCCGUUCGGUUCAAUCACAGUCUCAACGCAAAGCUAAAUAAAUCAAACCAAAAAAAAAAAAAUGCCACGACGAGGACGUUCUGCAUCGCCACCGCCGGCUGCUCGCAGAGCACCGCCACAGGCCGCCGCACCGGCCCCCGUUCAGAGGCAACCGAUGGUUCAGCAGGCGGCCCCCGCUGCACCGAUGGCCGCCCCGAUGGCAGCACCAUCGCAGGGACCGGGCCUGAUGGCCCAGAUGGCCGCGACGGCCGGUGGCGUUGCCAUCGGCUCGGCAGUGGGUCACACGGUGGGUCACGCCCUGACCGGUAUGUUCAGUGGGUCGGACUCGAAGGAGGCGGCCCCCCCCGCCCAGGCAGCCCCGGUGCAGCAGUACGCGGUGGCACCAGCGGCAACCACCGAGGGUGGCCCCUGCGCCUGGGAGAUCAAGCAGUUCAUCUCCUGCGCCCAGAAUCAGUCCGAUCUGACGCUGUGCGAGGGCUUUAACGAAGCACUGCGCCAGUGCAAGGUGCAGCAUCACAUGUGAAGCGAGCACGGAGCGGCACGAUAUUAGAAAUCCCUCGGCCCUCGAUUAGAAAAAAAGAAAAAAGAAAGACCGGCCAUAGCAGGCAGGCCGUCUGUAAAGAAUAAAGCAAAAGCAAAAGAAAACCAAUUAGCAAAAAGGUGCCACCCGUAACCAACCCGGACUGUGUUGCAACGGAUGCGGUUACCCGUUAACGUGUGUUCCUUCCCGCCACCCGUCCGCCGACUGUUGUCUCGGUGUAGUUGUGUGCGUGUGUGUUUGGUAGCGCUGGGUUGUCGGGCAAGGACUCUGGGAUGUGAGUUUGCCGGUGCCAGUCCCGGCCAGCCCAACGCCACUUGCACCCUUCCAUCAGAACCCUACCCUUUCCUUCCCCCCUUUUUCCCUGCGCAGUAGUAGUAGGCACUUGGGUGAAUAAAGUUUAAGCUUCUCUAGUCUAAACACGA